CCCUUGGAGAUACUCCAAGGGCCUAUUGGAGGAAGCAAAAAUCUCAUCCUCCUCAAAUUUUAAUUUAAGAGCCACGGAGGGGGUUAUCGGAGAUGCUCUGAUAGAUUAGGACAGCAGUGAACUUUACUGAAACACCAGUGCAAGUGUUUUAGUAGUUUGAGUAAAAAGUGAAGUACACACAAAAUGGCCGGAGAUAAGACUGUGUGCGUCACCGGCGGCAGCGGCUUCAUCGGCGCGUGGCUUGUACGUCUUCUCCUCGACCGGGGCUACUCCGUCCAUGCCACCGUUCAAAAUCUCCAUGAUGAGAAUGAAACAAAGCACUUGGAAGACCUAGAAGAACACAAAUCGAAUCGUCUUCGGCUCUUCCAGAUCGAUCUUCUCGAUUAUGAUUCGAUUCUUAAGGCGAUCACUGGUGUUUCCGGUGUCUUUCACCUUGCUUCUCCUUGCACUGUCGAUAAAAUCCUUGAUCCCGAGAAGGAGGUAUUGGGACCGGCAAUCAAAGGGACGAAUAAUGUGCUUGUGGCUGCUAAGGAGCUUGGAGUUAAGCGUGUGGUGAUUACUUCGUCCAUUUCGGCGAUUGUACCCAGUCGUCAUUGGCCAGCUGAUGUGGUUAAGAAUGAGGACUGCUGGACCGAUGUUGAGUAUUGUAAGCAGAAGGAGUUAUGGUAUCCAGCGUCAAAGACACUUGCUGAGAAAGCUGCCUGGGAAUUUGCCAAGGAAAAAGGUUUGGAAGUGGUCGUAGUAAAUCCUGGAACUGUGAUGGGCCCCGUUCUCCCUCCAACUCUUAAUGCAAGCAUGUUAAUGCUACUUCGCCUUUUCCAGGGUUGUACAGAAACUUAUGAAGACUUCUUCAUGGGAUCAGUUCAUGUCAAAGACGUGGCCCUAGCUCAUAUACUAGUUUAUGAAAACCCAGCAGCGACUGGAAGGCAUUUGUGUGUCGAAGCCAUCUCUCAUUAUGGCGACUUUGCAGCAAAGGUUGCAGAACUAUAUCCUGAACAUCAGUUUCCCAGCAUACCAAGGGAUACCCAACCCGGGUUGUUGAGAUCGAAGGAUGGAGCGAAGAAGCUGAUGGACUUGGGUAUGCAGUUUAUUUCGAUGGAGCAGAUUAUCAAGGAUUCCGUAGAGAGCUUGAAGAGCAAAGGGUUUCUGUCCUGAAAGUAAGCGUUACAUUGCGCUGUUAUGGUCAUAGUGUCUCGACAGUGAUCUCUAGACUGUACAAUAGAUAUGUCCAAUUUUUCUAAUGUAAUUUUGAUUUCUGUGUUAGCGGGUCACUUGUCAAUGUAGGUGUAUGUACUGUCAUUUAGAACAUUGAACAUCUCAGUGAUCUCCAUUUCAGUGAAGUGAUCAAGAGCAAUCCUAUGAAGAUAUUUUGAUUAAUAUAAAAAAGAUAGGUCCUGU